AUGGUAAAACCCAAAGGAGGUGGAAAGAAACGCGGUGGCCGUGGUGGAGGUGGUAACAAUCCACACGCAGGCCAUCGAAGAAAUACUCGGCAAGCGGACGGUGGGGGUAGCCGCGAUGAAGAUGUCAUGAGACGGAACAAUAAUGCGUACUGUCAGUCUGCUACUGCAAGCAGUACUGAUCCACUGGAAGGCCUCCAAUUGCGCAUGUGGGAUUUUGCCCAGUGCGACCCCAAACGCUGUACAGGAGCCCGACUCGCCAAACGAGGCUACUUGCAAAAAAUGAAUUUGAAGCAACCGUUUCGAGGAAUUGUCUUGUCGCCACAAGGGACCACUUCCGUGUCUCCGGCCGAUGCCAACAUUUUGGCCACAUCGGGCAUGUCCUUGAUUGAUUGUUCCUGGGCACGGCUGAGUGAGAUUCCCUUCAAACAGAUGAGAGCUGGCCAUCAUCGAUUACUGCCGUUUUUGGUGGCCGCCAAUCCGGUCAAUUACGGACGACCGUCCAAACUCAGUUGUGCCGAAGCAGGGGCAGCUACAUUGUAUAUUUGUGGUAGACAGGCGGCAGCAGUGGCAAUGUUGGAUGAAUUCAAGUGGGGACCUGAAUUCUUCAAAAUAAAUCAGGAUUUGCUAGAUUUGUACGCCAAUUGUCAAGAUGCGGAGGAAGUGGUGACCAAACAAAAUGAAUGGCUUGCACAAAAUGAAACAAAGCCAAAAACGGAUCAAGACGAUAACCCACAAGAAAGAGAAAUGUUGGACGGCAGAGAGAUUAUGGAUCAGACACAUCUAAUGGAUCUACCCCCUACCGGUAGUGACGAUGAUGAUAAUGGUGAAUAUUAUGAUAAUGAAGACGAGUACUACGAUUCAGAGGAAGAACCAGAACUCGACAAAUUUGGCAAUACAAUUGUCAAAGACGUGCCAGGGACAGAGGAGGGCAUGUGA